AUGAAUGGGUUAUAUAUAUAGAUCCUGCGCUGUCGGGCCUAAUACAAGACGUAUGUCAUAAAUUUAUUUUCAAUUAUAAGCUGUUUUUAGUUUUCAUGAUAUCCUUGUGAGGACCCGAAAACACUCGGAACAACGCGAAGUUAUAAAGGAGUUCUUUAAAAUGAUUACGUAAGAUUGUUGUUGGUAUAAAGACGUGGAAAUUUCGUGUCCGUAUAAAGAAAUGUUCGAUCUAACAAGAAAAAAGAGAGUAGUUCUCGUAUUUAAACUCUCAACAACGCCCCGGGGCAAUCUACCUCCGAGCAGACUUCAGGAGAUUAUCAACAGCGGGACGGGCACUUUCCACGGAAAGGAGAGGAUCCAGGAAAGUUUAUUUCUCCCAACAACGGCACAUAUACAAGCCCAUGAUGUUUUGGCACAUGAGGUAUAUGGGAAAGAUGCAAUUCAACUUAUAUUUCCUUAUGUGAAUGAUACUAAAGAAAUGCAUGCCGAAACUAGCAUUGAGUUGGAAAAUGUUAGGAGAGUACGAUUUGUGCAGUUUCAGAAAAACACAGAUGAACCAAUGGGAAUGACUCUGAAAUUGGAUGAAGAGGGAAGAUGUCUAGUAGCUCGUAUAAUGCAUGGUGGAAUGAUACAUAAACAAGCCACUCUCCAUGUGGGAGAUGAAAUCAAAGAAAUUAAUGAUGUUAGUGUUGCUAAUCAAUCAGUAGAUACGCUUCAAAAAAUGCUGGUGAGUAAAUUUAUUCAAAAUGUUUUUUGAAAAAUUUGUGUUAAA